CUGGUGCAGGAAUGGUCUCAAUAUUUGUCACCGUGGGCUUUCUCUGCACAGCAACUGCCCUUGCUGAAGUAAUGGAAGUGACCCAGCCAGCAAUGGUGCUGGCUAACAGGCAAGGAGUUGCCAGCCUGGUAUGUAAAUACAAGCAUAUUGGGAAUGCAAAGGAAAUUCGAGUGACUCUGCUUAAACAGAUGGGCAAUCAGUUCACUGAGAUUUGUGCUUCAACCUACACAAUGGAGUUUAAAGCAUUCAUCGUGGAAGAGGUCAUACAGUGCCACGUUAGCCCCAGCAGGAACAAUGUGACACUCACCCUCACUGGCCUGCAAGCUAAUGACACUGGUCUUUAUGUCUGCAAGAUGGAGAGGAUGUACCCUCCACCCUAUUUUAUGAACAAGGGAAACGGGACACAUCUCUAUGUCAUUGAUCCAGAACCUUGUCCGGACACUGCCAUAUAUAUCUGGGCUUUAGGAGCUACUGCCUCAGGAUUUUUUCUUUACAGUAUCAUCAUCUCAGCCAUUCUUGUGGGCAAAGAGAUAAAGAGAAGACGAUGUCUCACUACUGGGGUCUAUGUGAAAAUGCCCUCUGAAAAGCUAGAGAAACAAGUUAUUCCAUUCCACAUCACUGUUAACUGA